AAUGAACCAGGUGACGAGAUUGAUAUAGAAGACAAUCUAUUUGCAUUAAUUAAUGCACUAUCAAAGAACAAGGAUCUUAAAAUACAUUCUGACUAUUUUAAAAUAGAAAUGCAAGAGGAUGAAACACUUGACUUUUUUAAUGAUUUUAAUCUAGUUUACAUGGAUGAAAGGGUAUAUGGAAGGGUAAGAAUACAUAUAGAAGGACAUCAUUGCAGACUAGAUCUAUUGGGAGAUUCAAUAUUGAAUGAGAAUAAACCAAUUAUUAAAGAGAAGCUCAAUGAAAUCUGGAAUGCAUAUGAUAAUCCAAAUAAUUAUAUAGAAUGUAUAAUUAGGCAUUACAUUUCUGUAGAGUUGGCUAAAAUACAAAGUAAUUAUGUGUACGAGGAUAAUUCUGUUAAAAGCAUAAUUUUAAAUAGUAUUAAUGCCGGUAGUUACAGAGGUGUACUUACUAUAUUCUUAUACGGAAGAAUUGAAUCGCUUGGACACAAGAAAUAUAUUGUUACACACUUCUUGAUGUUACAUGCUAAUUCGAUUAUAACUGACCCCUCACUAGCCCGAAUGACAGACAAUAUUAUAGGAUGUUCCCAAAUGGAUCGCUUUUAUAUAAGAAAUAGUAUAUUACAAGGCUAUUUUUUCAAUCCAAACGCUGAAGAAUAUUAUACAAAAAUUAGUGUAAACAUCUGGAGAUGUUGUUUAAAAAUACACAUUGCUGAGUCAUUUAAACCAUUAUGCCAAGCAUUGUUUCUAUCUACAAACGCUGUAGAUAAUAUCUUUAUAUACUGUUUUAUUGAGCUAAUGAAAACAGUAAGUAAAUCAGAUGAAUGGUAUAACUUGAUCAAUGAUUAUCACUCUAUGAUUAAGGAUAUACUUUAUUAUUUAGACCAUACAACUAAACCUAAAAUUGACACAUUUAAUGAGAUAAUGGGUAUUAUUUGGUUAUCAUUUAAUCAACGAGAUAAGUAUAGAGUAGCAAAUAUCUACUUGGCUUGGUUUUUUAAUAUAUUUUCAUACGAGAAUUUACAUGAUAAAGAGGUAUGUUUGCUAUAUUUAUUCAAUAUUAUAGAUAAUAAUUAUCUUGUAAUAGAAGAUAAACAAAAUAUUCGAUGGAGUAUUGAAAAUGAGUACUUCAUAUUUAAUUAUUUAGAUGCUAAUAGAAUUAUAUUAUGUAAUAAUGAUGAUGAACGUACUGAAAAAUACAAUAAGAUUAUACAAAUAUUGACUAAUAGUGUUGGUUUUGAUCCUAGGAUGAACCAUGCCUAAUGUGGAAGCCUCUUACCCACGUCUUGGAAGUCUUAUAGAACUGUCAUAAUUGGAAAUUGUGACUAUAUAAGAUGAGAAUAAUAAUAAAUUUGAAUCAAUGUUAAUUCUGUACAAGGGAAUAACUAACUAAUAGUACA